AUGACGGCAAAGUUUCCGUCUCUGCAAACAAAAAAUGAACAAGCCUCCCUGAGAAAAGUGUUACUGAGUGCUCCAAUCUUUCUCUGGGAUUUGACUGCAUGUGACUUGCCUUUCUGUUCAUUUGCACUAUGGCUGCAAAUGAAAACAAUUCCAUUUGGGAGAUACUAAAAACAUUCGAUUAUGAGGAGCUGAUCCUGGCUUUCUGCUUAUCAAUGCUCAUUGGCCUGCUGAUUGGAAUCCUAAUUUUCAUCCUCUUAACGUGGAUCUCCAGACACAGAGCUUCAGUGAGGAUUAGCACACGUCCUAAUCAAUCAUCAGGAGCUGCUGGAUUACACAACCUCCACGGCCAGCUAGGCAGCUACAGGAAUAAUAGCUUCAAUCUAAACAGUGAGAGCACAAGCAGAGCUGUGUUAAACCUUCAGAGACAGACAUCUGUUGACCCUAAUGAAGUGCUGGGACGCAGCCCCAGCUUUCAAGCAUCCACCUUCAGACCAGUGCGGAAAAAGGGCAGUGAUGAAAAAGAAGAUGAGAAUCAAAGGGCUUUACGUCAUGACACCACCGGCACUGACUCUGUGACAGAUCCUUAUAAUAUGGGCCAAUCAGAAUCAUUCUGGUUAGGGAAAGGCAGUCUGAGAGGCUUCCUUCCUACACAGACUCCUCCACCUGCAUAUGACAGUGUUAUUCAUAUCUUUCAAGAAACUCACACCUGAUUUCAUGUUUGUAUGUGCACUGGUGUUUGUGUUUGCAAAUUCACGCUGGUGAUCAAGGCUAUGUUCAAUGUUUCUGCAGGAUAAUGGUUAUGUUUCUGUAACAUCAGGUUCCCCCUGUCAUGAUGUACCGACUAAUGCAGGACUGAUCAUGAGUGCAUAUAUAUAGUCGCAUGCAAAUGCAAUUUAAACAUUAUGUAAAUAUAAAAGAUAAAAUCAUGCAACAUAUGAUUUUGUAUAAGAUGCUUCAAAGAGCCUUAAAU